ACAGUUCAUAGUUCGUUGGGUGGUGACUACCACAACUCUUAACUGUGACAGAGAGCGACAUUGUCAGGCUGUCUAUAGCCGACAAGAGUUUAGAACAAGAGUGUGCAUUUCUUUAUUUAUUUCUGUGAAUACUGAGGCCAAGAAAUGACGAGAGCUCUACUGCUUGGUCUUCUGUGCAUCUUGUUUGCCGAUGUGCAGGGAGCGCUGCAGCUGGCGUCUGUGUUCGGCAGUCACAUGGUCCUGCAGCGUGCCCCGCAGAGCGCCGUCAUCUGGGGCACGGCGACCGUCGAGGGCGACAAAGUCACUGCGCAUGUCACUGGCCCAGGGGUGAACAUCGCCCCAGUCGUCACCACGGUCUCUCACGGCGCCUGGAAACUCAAACUUCACCCUGUGGCCGAGCACGGACCCUUCACCAUCAGCUUCACUUCCGGUGAGGGUAACGUCACCCUGACCGACGUGCUGUUUGGUGACGUGUGGCUGUGUUCCGGUCAGAGCAACAUGUAUUUUACGAUGAACCAGGUCAUGAACAACACCGCCGAGCUGCAGACCGCGCACAACUUUCCGAACAUCCGGGUCACCAGGGCGGCGCUUGCCGAGUCUCCCGCGCCAAAUACCACCAUGACCUUUGACAUUCCCUGGACUGGGCCAGCGAACACUAGAGCUAUGCAGGGUGUGUCUGCCGUGUGCUGGCUGUUCGCCGAGUACCUGUACCCUCAUAUCAACCGCCCCAUCGGUCUGAUAGAAUCUUCAUACGGAGGAACCCCCAUCGAGGCCUGGUCUCCCCCCGAAGCCAUCAAAGACUGCGCUUCCAUAGCAAAACGAGGCCCACGUGGCGAUUCAGUCUUGUGGAAUGCCAUGUUGAACCCUAUUCUGGGCACGACAUUUUUGGGAGCCUUGUGGUAUCAAGGUGAGUCCAACGCCAAUCAUGUUUCAAAGUAUUCGUGCCAAAUAAAAGCCAUGGUUGCCCGAUGGCGGUCACUGUUCAGCCAGCACUCCAUGAAUGAAACUGAAGCUGACUUCCCUUUUGGCUAUGUACAGCUGGCAGGGUACAAUGAAGGUACCGCCGUUGGCCAGUUUCCAGGUGUGAGGUGGGCACAGACAGCCGGGUACGGGUACAGUCCUAACCCCGCCCUACCCCGGACUUUCAUGGCCGUGGCCAUGGACCUGCCUGACUUUCACUCAACUGCUGGACCAAUCCAUCCCCGCUUCAAGCAGGACGUGUCACAGAGGCUGAUGCUUGGCGCCCUGAAUGUGGCCUACGGUCACAGUGAUGUGGUCUUCCAGGGUCCCUUCCCCAGCAAGUUCCAGCUGAACGCCGCUCAGCACACACUCACCAUUGAGUACGACAGUGGGCGAACUCCUCUAGAGAUCAGGAACAAUACAGGCUUUGAAGUCUGCUGUAGCUCAGCAGCUGCUACCAAGUGCACUGAGGGACACGAUCACUGGUUUGCUGCGCCAAUCACGCAUCACGACGCAAGUCACGUGACUGUGUCGACCUCGGGCUGUGGGACCUACAAGGCGACGGGACUGCGAUACGAGUGGAGGACCAGUCCCUGUAACUACAAAAACUGCGCCGUCUAUGGUGCUGAGUCUGGUCUACCUGCUCCCCCUUACCUAACUCACACCAUCCCCCUGUAACCCUUAACCUUCGUGGACUUAAGGGUUACACCACAAGGACUAGGUACUGACACUUGAUAAAUAUACUUGCAGACCGUU